AUGGGCUAUGCAUCACAAGAUGCCCACCGACACACGACACUCUCCACUACCAACGAACAAAUGGAGGAACAUACCGACUACGAGCUCCAAGAUCCAACCAUGGCCGGCAUGUCGUCUUCAUCGGAACGCAUGCACGCGCACGCAUUCGAGGAUGGGCCACCGAGAUUAACUCAGCAACCGGAGCACAGAUCGCCCGAACCUCAGGGGCACUCCAAUGACAAACGAAGAGGCGGGCGGCCUUCAUGGAGGCAAAAGCAGCCAUCAGGCCCCUAUCCCCAGAGACCACUCCGUUCAGAUUCUGGUCAGUCGAGCUUGGAUACAUCCCGGGCUGGGAAUCAAGGCGACGAAGCUGUGAAUGACACUACCUCCACCGGUGAUGCGGCAGCGCGACAAGACAUUCCGAAUUCGUUGGCGAGUGCCAUGAACGACAUGGGACUCGACAAGGACCCCUCGGCCUCAAGUACCAACGUCUCACAACAAAAUCCCUCUGAGCACUCCGAUCACAGCGUUCCGACUGUGAUUCAGAUCUUUCAGCCCUAUCAACACAGCAACGGGUUCUUUAGCUUUGCUGAUCCAUGCCAAUAUGAAUUGGUGGCAGACGAGUAUCUCCAUGCCUCUGGCAACCAACCAGGUCAAUAUCGCAUUAUGAAAUACAAUGCUCCACGUGCCUAUGAUCAUAAUCAACUGUCCGAAGCCGAAAGCGCGAUCCUCGAUCUCCUUCGCCCUUCUGAUAGCCACCAGGUUGAUCAAUUCGAUACCUUGGUACAUGACUUCGGGUAUUCCACUAGCAGUGCUCAGCGCCAUCCACAAGCGGCUGACCAGAGCGGUGCAUCCACCACUUCUCACUCGCAGCCAGGCCAGGACGGACAUUCCGACCAAGACCAAGGCCCAUGA